AAUGCCGGAAGGAGAAGAAAAACCUCAACCUAUUCUGAUUUCUCCUGCCCUAAUAAGGGAGCCUAAAAAGCCAACAAUUUUUACAGGGGAUCCUGGACAAGAUCCGACCAAAUGGAUGAAAGAAUACCUUAGAGUAUCGAAAUUUAAUCAAUGGGAUGACACACUUUGCUUAGCUAAUGUAUAUUUUUUCCUGGAUGGGACCGCCCGGACUUGGUUUGAUAAUAACGAAGAUAAACUGACCUCGUGGGCCGAAUUUCAAGAAGAACUGACAAAAACCUUUGGUGACACCCAACUGUAUAUAAGGCGAGCAAAAGAUCGUCUGAAAGGCCGAGCGCAAAAUACUGGUGAAGCUACACAAUCCUAUAUUCAAGACGUACUGGGACUUUGCAACCAAAUAGAUCCAAACAUGUCCGACGAAGAAAAAGUGUCCCACCUAAUGAAAGGAGUCGCAGAAGAUGUGUACCAGGCACUGUUACCUAAAGAGGUAAAAACGACAGUCGAUUUCAUUAAAUGUUGCCAGUACAUCGAGGAAAUGCAACAAAAAAGAAUUAGACGUCAGAAGUUUUCUCGUUUACCCAAUGUUAUUCCCAUAGCUUCCGUGGACGAGGAGCAACCGUUAACAUCGCUGAUACGCAAAAUUGUUCGGGAAGAAAUACAAAGAAUGACUGCACCACAAGUCGAAAGCCAAUAUUCCGAACUACAAUCCAUCGAAAGCAUCGUACGAGAGGAAAUCGAGCAAUCGUUGGCUCUUAUAUCUCGUGAAAACUUGGGAAGAGUCGCUCAAGCACCUAAACGCCGCAUGCAACCAAUAUAUAGUAGGCCUGCCCAGACUUCAUGGCCUCAACAGAACCAGAUGCCGAGGAAAACCGACGUAUGGCGUACCACCGACAAUCGGCCAGUCUGUUUCCAUUGCGGCCGCCUAGGUCACGUAGUACGCUAUUGCAGAGAUAGAUCUUCAUUUGUUGACCAAUUCAAGAACGACAGACGUGACGCAACUUCUUACCGGACAUACAAUCGUACCGCUGACAUCAAUCGAGAAACGGGCAGAAAUCCUUCACCAAGUCCGAGUCGAGGACGAUCGCCUACCCGCCGUUAUAGAUCGCCGUCUCCCUACAGAAGAUAUAGCCAGUCGCCGAACCGCCGAAAUGAGGAAAACUAA